ACAUCAACGAGUGCCUGAUGAGUGGGAUCUGUAAGAACGCUGAGUGUCUGAACACCAGAGGAAGCUACAGAUGCACCUGUAAACCAGGCUACAUGCUGGACCCUGCCAGGAGCCACUGUGUCUGUGAGUACUCCUACUGUCUGUUGCUAUGACUGAUGGCCUGUCUGUCUUAUGGUCUUUCCUUGGUGUGUGAAGUCUGUCUGAUGGAGGCGCAUUUGAUUUUUGGAUAGCGGACAAGGCUGUGUCGGACCAGAGGGAGAUGUGUUACCGCUCAGCAUCAGCGGGGACCUGCUCUCUGCCGCUCACCCAGCACAUCACCAAGCAGAUCUGCUGCUGCAGCCGUGUGGGCAAGGCCUGGGGCACGGCCUGCGAGAGGUGCCCUCUGCCAGACACAGGUACCCACGCACACAGACCAUACUACUACCGCUCUGUCUAUUGCUCUCUCUCUCUCUAGUACAUGCAGUGGAGAUGGCCACUCCCAACCUCGAUGAACUGGUCAAAUACUUUGAUUACACUAGGUGAACAUUUAUUGGCUGGGUUGGAUUUUAAAGGCGGUAUGAAAUGUGUGAUCUUAGGGUGCAUAUUGUGAUCUUAAUGAAAGCAUAUGUGCUACUUAAUACGACAGUCGUUCAGGCUUCACUCACCAGAUUAUACUGGCUGCCUCAGCCCGCCAGUCAUGUAAUGCAGUUCAACGAUAACCCAAAGUGUUUAAUGUGGAAUAAGCACAAAACAACAUAACCUUCAUAUGUCAAAGCUGUAUAAUAUUAUAAUAGUGGGAGUCAAUCUUGUAUCACACAGGUUCUUGGAGGGAAAUGCCAGUAAUAGUCCAGCUAGGUCCCCCCCCCCCCCCCUGAAAAAAAGAGUCAAGCCAAAUGGAAAACAGGAAAUGGUUUUCAUCUGCUUUUUUCUUGCCAAUUUGAUCUUCAAAGUCAGAGAAACUAACAUUAUUCAGAGCAGUGCCCGUUUCGGUGAGUGAUUCAUGGAGGUUGUCACAGAUCAGAUAUUUGAGAGCCAGACCAGACCUCCAUGGUGCUCUGCCAGACUAGUACUCUACUCUGUGGCUCUGUGUGCAGAUACAGUCCACACACAGCCUGAUUACCCAGAGUCAGACACUGGCUGUUGUAUGGCCUGACAAUCUGUCAGAGCCAUGUUGAACACAGAGAAUCCAGACUCAUUAUUAGUCGUUUGGUAAUAGGAGCACGUUGACUUGACAUCAUGUCAGACUUAAGGCUCUGAUGUGGAUACAGCCACAAACCCCCAUCUCCAUCCGCAUUAUAGACAUCAGUCAGGAGACUAUCAUCCUAUCCACGCUUCCUGCACUUAACCACAGUGCUAUCAGUAUUAGAGAUUCUCUGUCCUUUAUAACAUUUGCCUCUGUUCCAGAGGCCUCUGUUCCAGGUCAGGCAGGGGACAAUACUAUUUAAAUGUAAUAGAUUCACCCAUGCUGAAGUCUUUUGGGCUCCAACACAAAGAGAUGCAAUCACCCUCCUUUUAUCUCUACAGUCAGUCUUCUACUGCCCAGAGUUCAAAGGUCAGUUAUGUUACAUGAUCGUCUACUUCCCCCUUGGCACUGCCCUGAGCCUGUGUCUGACACAUCCAAAUCCACCCUAUGAUAUCCUCUCUGACGGCUGUCACUGCCCUGGCAGCUCCCUCCCUGGCCAUGGCUGAAACCCAAUCCCUUUCACAGAGAGACUACAGUAUGGCAUGCUGUACAUAAUGGUAUUACACGGAUGGCUUAUGGUAUUGCUGCGAACACUAGACAGAAAUACGAUCCAUAAUUACUGUCUGGCAGCGUUUGAUGUUAGUUCAGGAGCCCAAGGGGGGAAUAAGGCCUUAUGAUGUUUUCUAUGGUUCUUUGUUUGCCCCUGUACGCCUGCAGACCAUUUCAAGGAGAUCUGUCCCGCUGGCCACGGCUACACAUACUCACGCUCCGAUGUGCAGAUCUCCCUUAGACAGCUGGAGGAAGAGGAACUGAGGAGGACAGGCGUUUCCUGGGAGUCCCAGAACCCUAGCCACCCCCAACUGCCCCAGCAGCCAGCUCAGCCCCCGCAGCAGCUGCCCCACUUCCCACAGACCCCACAGAUCCCACAAUACCCCCACCAACCACAACACCCACACCAUCCACAGGAGAUCCCCCAGACCCCACAGUACCCCCACCAUCCACUGCACCCCCAAGAGCUCCCACAACACCCCCACCAUCCAGAGCACCCCCAAGAGUUCCCACAGCACCCCCAGACACCUCAGAACCCUCAGUACCCUCACAUCCCACAACAGCCCCGGUACCCUCUCCAUCCAGACCCAGACACACAGCAUCCAGCUGGGGAGACCCACAGCCAUCCUCAAGGUGAGAACAAUAAUAUUAUUAUGCAUACUUUAUUGUGGCGUUUGUGUCCAAAUAAGGUAGUCAGUCGACCACUGAUAAUAUUAUUUCUGCAACAUACUGUACUAAAAUGGAUUUAAACUUACAAGGUUACACAAUGGAAACCCUUUUAGUAGACAAGGACAAAGUAGCUAUUUACACAGAUGACAACAGGAUGUUUUCUAUCCACAAAUAACAGCUUUAUCCUCAUCUACUAAAUAUGAAACAGUAUUUGCUUCCCCUAUCUGUCAGAAUACACCUCCCCUAUCGUUUGAGCAGAGGACUUAAUCCACACAGGUCAAACAUCUGUGACCUCUGGAUCUUCUGUGAAACAUUCAUCUGAUUUGCAGUUCUGAGAUAAUUUAUUGCCAUGGCCCGAGCAAAAUGAUUUAUAUUAGGAGACCAUAAAUAUUUAUAGAUUGUGUCUUAAUUAUCUGAGAUAUCUAUUCCCCCUCUUUAUUAGCAUUGUUCCAUGUACUGUAGUGUACAUUAUUAUCAGAGUCCAGGUCUUCUCCCCGGCUUAAGGGAUACAUGUUUUAUUAGAAACAAAGACCUUAAGAUGGCGUCUAAACAGUAAAACGCCCGAUGAGAACAUAGAUUGAUAUCUCAAUGGUAAUAUGUGAUAAUGCUAACAGAAUGUCAGCUUUCUUUACUGAUAAAACGGCCUCUUCUCUCUCUCCUAACAGAUGUGCAAAUAUUGAACCCGGUGAGUUCCUCUUCUCCAAAAAAAAGCACAUGCUUUUGAAAUGUUUAUUGUAGAAAAAGCUUCCAGCAUCUCUCAGCUGUAAGACACAUAUGGUAUUAAGUCUUUAAAUUCAAGAUAUGAAGAACAUAUUUGAGUUUGAUGGUUAUAACUUGUUUUAUAACCCAAUUAUAACCUAUUCUUGCUUAUUCCACAGUCUCCUGUUGCGACCGACUCACCAUUGAAGUACCCAGGUAAUUUAUCUAAUUUCCAAUUAAUCAAAGAACCUCAUCACAAUGGUGUCUGUUCAUAUUCAUAACUCAUAAUCACGGUUUCAGCCUGUAAUUUACUGUGGUGUUUUUAGACAGUGGUCCUGCACCUCAUGGUGCAUUGAUAAAGCCAAUGAGCGCACCUGAGAAAACAGAGUUUUACCAUGCAGUCAGGCAAAUGGGGUCCUGAUCCAUUUUCUAUAAAUCGCUCACACAUAGCACACAGCAGAGGCAGCCAAUGAAAACAUUGAUAAAGUCUAUAGGUUGAGUUGAUCUAUGAUAAAGUCUAUAGGUUGAGUUGAUCUAUGAUAAAGUCUAUAGGUUGAGUUGAUCUAUGAUAAAGUCUAUAGGUUGAGUUGAUCUAUGAUAAAGUCUAUAGGUUGAGUUGAUCUAUGAGUCCCGCUGAUGUCUUUUAUUGUGCUGUUUUUAGCAAGCAGAAAGGGCAUAUUUCAUCUUUACAUCACUGCCAUGCUACCGUAGGAUGACCUCGUGAGUGAUUAUCAUGCCAUUACCGGUGUCACGUCUACUCCCGCUCCCCCUCUCACGCGCUCGAGGUCGCCAGUUGACUGUUCAAUACGCACACCUGCCACGAACGUUACGCGCACCUGCGUGGUAUUAUGAGACUCACCUGGACUCCAUCACCUUCCUGAUUACCUCCCCUAUAUCUGUCACUCCCUUCGGGUUAUUCCCCAGGCGUUAUUGAUUCUGUUCCUGUGUUUCAUGUCUGGACGCUACUCGUAUUUCUCUCUCUCUCUCUUUCUCCCCCAACUCUCUCUCCAGUAGAUGCAGUAGAGAAAGUCACUCCUGACUCUCCCAUCAACCUGGGACCUGAGUCUGUGGGUCAGGAUACAGCCUUCAUCAACGUGGCCACUCAGGUCACAGGUGAGAGUCAUGGUCACAAUACACUGCAUGGCCACGUCACGUCAAUUAAAUUACGUUCAACCAACGGGGAAUAGACGUUGAAUUGACAUCUGGGAAUAGUGGGGACUGUGCCUUCGACUUCCACUGAUGCUACAUUAUUAACAGUACAUUAAGAGAUACAGUUUUUGAUGGGGUGACAAGGUUUGGUAAUCCAAGUAAUUGGAACAGUCUAUUCAUAAUUCUCCCCAAUAACUAUUUAAAUGUUGACUUGCAAGCUUUAUUCUUUCUAGAUACAGAUGGGAUUUCUCAAUUAAUUUGUGAGUUGUGUCCAACAGGCCUGUUUGAUAUAUAUUUCUGAGGGCUGACCUAUAGUUUAGCAAGGGGAAGCAGAGCAUGUGUUGUCCUCUUAGUGGACCCUCUCCUCCAAGCCAACUUGGCUUCAGGCUUCCGAGCAGCACAGAGGGUGAGAGAGCGAGAAACCAGAGAGAGUGUGCCUUUUGGAAGAGGAAACUGGAUUGGACAGGCGCCAGGCGCCAGGCCUGCAUGAAGAGAAGAGAGAGAAGACUGUGUGUUAGUGACCUGCGGUCAUCCUAUGGAGAGGGUCAGCGCUCUGAGCCAAACCCAGCAGCCCACCCUCAGCUCGUGCUUACAAUAACCACUUUGGACUGAAACAAACAACUGACAAGUCCAGUGACAGGCUUAACAGUGCAUUGCCAUCCUUCUCAUCCUGACCCUUAAUGAGAGCUCCCUGCCCUCUGUUAGAAUAUUACACCACCGUAAAACCUGUCCUCCCAUCCAAGGCUCCGCCAUAAAACAGCCUGAACGUUUCUAUGGAGAAUAAAAUGUGGUGGACGAGUGAACCUUCUUUGCAGUAGAUAUGGUUUAGGAAGAGUUGUGUAGAAAGGGUAACCCAAUAGGAUAGGACGAACACGGCAUGUCUAUGUACUGAGGUAUUGUAUUGAAUGUUCACAGUGUCAGUAUCUCCUCACAGAUAUUGACAAGUGCGCCAUCACUCCAACCAUUUGUGGCAAUGGGCUGUGCCUACCAGUGCAGACAGGCUACACCUGCUACUGUGACCCCGGCUACAAGCUGAGCGCGCUCCAGACCAACUGCAUCGGUAAGACAGGAAGAGGCGGGCUGGUAAAGGGGGCUUCUCCGGGGGUUCUGUCAGCUCUCCAUAUCAUUGUCUCAACACGAGCCUCGCUGUUCACACCACAUACUAUACAAGCACAGAGGCCUUGAGAAAUCAAGAGCUAAGUGAAAGCUAUCCCUGUGUUUAUGUUGACCCGUUAUGCGAUGCCUGACAACACGGUCGGAGUGAUCCAGAGAGCUGCCACGGUGCUUUAAUCCGUUACCUCACUCUGCAGUCGCCAUCCAAGCCCUGCUCUGGCCCAUCACUGAGGAAUGCCUGCACUCCACUGCACUGUGGAGGGGCUCCAGAGUGAAGGGUUGGAAAGUGCAAGGUCUUCAGUGGUGAGAUGGAGCUGAAAUGUAACACUCUGGCCUCUCUCCCCCCUCUUUCUUUUUCUCUCUCUCUGUCUCUCUCUCUCUCCAGAUGUGAAUGAGUGUGAGGAAGACCCUUGUGGAGGGAAGGGCCAUUGUGUGAACACCUUUGGCUCCUACACUUGCCACUGCUACAGCGGCUAUAGCCAGGUCAUCACCCAGAACAGGAAGUUCUGCCAUGGUAAGAGGAGGAGGCAAAGCAUGCUGGGUGCUGUAGUUUUAGCUGUAGUUCUCCUGCUCUCAUACCAGAAUAAAACUGUACCUAAACCCUUCCCCAGAGAGACUAGGGGUAGUGAGAGACAGAUUGAGGGAUGUAAUGUCACAUCAUUUUCAAACACAGUCUUUCAUGUUGUAUUUCAAGACCAUUUAAGGACAAAUUCAGAUUAGCAAUGUUCCUCUAAUGAGCCAGAUUCAUAGAACAAUAGUCUUUCUUUGUUACUUCUCUCUCUCUGACUUGUUCUGGUGAUUUUGUGUAGAUAUAAAUGAGUGUGACAUGGCCAACAAGUGCCAGGAUGGUGACUGUGUCAACACGGAGGGAUCUUACACCUGUGAAUGCAAGAGUGGCUACGCUAAGUCCUGGAGGGGGCAGUGUGAAGGUGAGUCCAGCACAGAGACAGACAGCCUUAACACUCUGAACUAACAGAACAUCACAAUGCAGCAUGGCCAGUGGUGUUUAUUGACUGCCCUUAAAAUGUACCAAUUCGUUUUUCUCGGUCGCCCAUGCUAUUUCUAUAAUAAAUCAUUAGAUUUUUCCAUUGUGUCGAUGAUGGCGGAUUGAUUGACUUCCAAGUUUUUAGUAUGUGUUUUUUCAAGAUGAGUGAUGAGAAGAGAAUCAUCCAGCCCAUUGGGUAUCCUACUACACCCCCAUAUGUAAUGUCUUGAAAUAUGCAGACAGACAGAUUAAAAGUACAUUUACAUUGUAAUACUUCUGACAGCCAACUUUCUAGCUCUGCCCACAACUUCCGGACUUUAUAACAUUCCCAGAAAGAAUUGAUUAUUGAGUCAUUAUUCGUUUUACACUUGAGACAUGACUCGUAGAAUUUGUGAAUUUUGUCUCUUUUAUAAUAAAUACUAUAGAUUAGUUUAUACUGGAUUAAGUGUACCUUUUUGUUAACUUUAAUUUUGUUAGUAUGCUCCAACUUUCCCUCCAUCUUGUGUCAACAUCGGUUCUUUUUAAGUCUUGGAUCCAAUAGUUUAUAUUUUUUUCCAAGAGAUUGUCAGUUGGAUAUGCUCUCUGCAAGGUUUUGUAUACAGUGAGGGAAAAAAGUAUUUGAUCCCCUGCUGAUUUUGUACGUUUGCCCAUGAUCAGUCUAUAAUUUUAAUGGUAGGUUUAUUUGAACAGUGAGAGACAGAAUAACAACAAAAAAAUCCAGAAAAACACAUUUCAAAAAUGUAAUAAAUUGAUUUGCAUUUUAAUGAGGGAAAUAAGUAUUUGACCCCUCUGCAAAACAUGACUUAGUACUUGGUGGCAAAACCCUUGUUCGCAAUCACAGAGGUCAGACGUUUCUUGUAGUUGGCCACCAGGUUUGCACACAUCUCAGGAGGGAUUUUGUCCCACUCCUCUUUGCAGAUCUUCUCCAAGUCAUUAAGGUUUCGAGGCUGAUGUUUGGCAACUCGAACCUUCAGCUCCCUCCACAGAUUUUCUAUGGGAUUAAGGUCUGGAGACUGGCUAGGCCACUCCAGGACCUUAAUGUGCUUCUUCUUGAGCCACUCCUUUGUUGACUUGGCCGUGUGUUUUGGGUCAUUGUCAUGCUGGAAUACCCAUCCACGACCCAUUUUCAAUGCCCUGGCUGAGGGAAGGAGGUUCUCACCCAAGAUUUGACGGUACAUGGCCCCGUCCAUCGUCCCUUUGAUGCGGUGAAGUUGUCCUGUCCCCUUAGCAGAAAAACACCCCCAAAGCAUAAUGUUUCCACCUCCAUGUUUGACGGUGGGGAUGGUGUUCUUGGGGUCAUAGGCAGCAUUCCUCCUCCUCCAAACACAGCGAGUUGAGUUGAUGCCAAAGAGCUCCAUUUUGGUCUCAUCUGACCACAACACUUUCACCCAGUUCUCCUCUGAAUCAUUCAGAUGUUCAUUGGCAAACUUCAGACGGGCCUGUAUAUGUGCUUUCUUGAGCAGGGGGACCUUGCGGGCGCUGCAGGAUUUCAGUCCUUCACGGCGUAGUGUGUUACCAAUUGUUUUCUUGGUGACUAUGGUCCCAGCUGCCUUGAGAUCAUUGACAAGAUCCUCCCGUGUAGUUCUGGGCUGAUUCCUCACCGUUCUCAUGAUCAUUGCAACUCCACGAGGUGAGACCUUGCAUGGAGCCCCAGGCCGAGGGAGAUUGACAGUUCUUUUGUGUUUCUUCCAUUUGCGAAUAAUCGCACCAACUGUUGUCACCUUCUCACCAAGCUGCUUCGCGAUGGUCUUGUAGCCCAUUCCAGCCUUGUGUAGGUCUACAAUCUUGUCCCUGACAUCCUUGGAGAGCUCUUUGGUCUUGGCCAUGGUGGAGAGUUUGGAAUCUGAUUGAUUGCUUCUGUGGACAGGUGUCGUUUAUACAGGUAACAAGCUGAGAUUAGGAGCACUCCCUUUAAGAGUGUGCUCCUAAUCUUAGCUCGUUACCUGUAUAAAAGACACCUGGGUGCCAGAAAUCUUUCUGAUUGAGAGGGGGUCAAAUACUUAUUUCCCUCAUUAAAAUGCAAAUCAAUUUAUAACAUUUUUGACAUGCGUUUUUCUGGAUUUUUUUGUUGUUAUUCUGUCUCUCAGUGUUCAAAUAAACCUACCAUUAAAAUUAUAGACUGAUCAUUUCUUUGUCAGUGGGCAAACGUACAAAAUCAGCAGGGGAUCAAAUACUUUUUUCCCUCACUGUAUCUUCCACAUCAUAUGAACAUCCUUUUCUGACUCAAAUAAGAUUCCCUCAAGGUUGCUCUGAUGUCCAAAAGAUUUCAAAUCGAAAUGUAACUUUUAAGUUGCAUGAAUUUAAAACUAUCUACAUUGGUCAGUCCAACAUUUGUUUUGAAUUCUGCCAAGGAAAAACAUGUAUUUCCUGUUACCAAGUCAUUUCUGUUUCUAUGUCUUUAGUUUUCCAUGUCGACCAAUUUAUCAGUAAAUUCUGAAAAGCUAUCCAAGGAUUGUUCCAUAAGGUUGUGUUUUUAGGGAGUAAUAUUGGUUCUUGUAGAAUACGUUUAAUUUUCUUCCAUAUUGUUAUAGUGUUCUUAACUAUGAAGUUGUUAAUGUUCUUAGCUUUAUCCUUUGAAAAUAGACACAGCUGAAUUAGAUUUUUCACUUGUGUCUUAGCUCAAAAGGCUGGAGUCAUUGAGGAUUCUAGAAAACGUAUUUCAGGCUGUAAUCCUCUUUUUAAAGGGCUUAAUAUUGGAUGUUGUAUUUGCAGGGGACUACCACAGCACCCCAACCACAGUGCAGAGUAGCAGGAGAGAUCUGGUGGGGCUUGAGUGAUGGCAGUGAGUUAGUGACUCCUAGGCUAGGUCCUCCACUCUCUCACUCUUUCCCUUCUAGUGGCUCCAUUAUUUUUGUAAUAUCUGCCCCUCCUGCUCUCCCCACCUAUCCCUAGCCCCCGGGGCCAGACCCAUAUUGUUUAAACACAUCGCCUUGUUAUUGCUCAUCUUUUCAUAUCAUCUGCUGCUGUAAAAUAUUGUUUAUAGUACUUCAUUUUGGGAGAGUCAAAAUAUUUUCCCUUGGCCACAGCCUCAAACAAACAGCCUAUUAUUUUGGGAUUGCUCCGGCCACUGCAGUGGAGCCCAGCAGGGCUAGGUCUUUAAUACGGGUGCAGGACUGGAGUGAGGACUGACAUGUAUGGAGGGGUCAAGGGGUCAAUAUUACCCCACUGCUCUAAUACACAAUUCAUGACACACUAUACAAGGUCUGUAGCAUGCUGAAGGAGCCAGACCCACCCGUUCAGGAUUAGACCCACCCGUUGUAUAAAGCGUAGCACCCCCCUAACCUUGAGGUGCUCCUGUUAAGUAAGAGACUCUCCUGGCUGGUAUUGCGACAUCUUGUCCCUCUCGCCACCACCGCCCCCACUCAUCCAGAAAAGGGUUGAAUAUUUGAGCUUCUGAGGUGAUUAUUUUGUAAAAUUCAAGUUCUCCCAGUCUGAACUCACCUGUGAAAGGUGAACUUAAUGUUCAAGCAGUUUUCUUUGCCCAUUCUAAAAUGUCUUCCCAAUGAUUCCUACAAGGCUCGAGCUUACCUCAUGGGUUCUUUGAUUACUUCAAUCUGAUUACUUUCCCUUCAAAGAAAAUACUACAUUAGCUCCACUAUUUUCUGCUAAUAGGUCUUUAAACACAUACAAUCAAUCCUCUCAUAGCGUUCUAUGUUAUGAUGUGGAGUAUGACUAGCUGCUGAGAGGCACUUCUUCUGUAAAUGAGGUGGAACACAGGAGCUAAAUAAACCUCCACUAACAGGACCAGCAACAGGCUAAUAUCCACAUGGUGAAGGAACUCAGCUAAAUCAGAGACCAUGUAUGCAAGCAGCGAGUGUGUUCCCCAUGUUUGUUUCCAGCAUCUGCCUUAGACAAAACCGAAGAACCCUUUUGGAAUCCUUUUUCUAAGAGUGUAGCACAGUAGUUGGAGUCCAAUUGGCUGCGUCGUGGAUAAGCCUAAUUGGUGGUGCGAUAGAGAAAACCGCUCCAGUCACAUGUCAGGCUUAUCGUAGAAGACAGAGAUGCCAGGAGAUUGCAGAAACAACGUUUUGGGCCGCACUGACAGAUGUCUGCCUAGAGCCACCGCAGGCGAGGCAAGGCACACACAAAGCCCUGCCUGUGUUCCACUGGAUGUUUUCAGCGCUGUAGCCGUCUGUUUCUACUGUCUCAUUCACCUCACACUAAACCUGCCUGCACAGCUGUGUGGAGAGAGUUCAACUCUGCCCACUCACACACACAGAGACACACAUCUCCAUGCUCGAUCCACACAAUGGAGAUAGAGCUGUCUGCCACAUGCUUAGAUCCAUGAAAUACAGUUUUUGUUUUACACCUUUUGGAGUCUACUUUAAAACAAUGUUUCUGCAUGAUUGUUUCUAAAAAUAUAUAUAGUGUUUCUGCCAUUAUCAUGUGUAUUGACUUAGCGCAUGAAGUGGAAAAGAUUAAGGCAGGGCGAUAGAUAAUGACAAACAUUCACAGUAACAGUGUAUUCCUACUAAUUUUGUCUUGUCAUGGUGACCUUAAUGUUAGUGACCUGUCUCGCCCUCAGACGUCAAUGAGUGUUUGGACCAAUCGGUGUGCUUCCACGGUAGGUGUGUCAACUCCGAAGGCUCCUACAGCUGUAACUGUUACCAAGGAUACCAGGCCUCUUCGGACAAGAACAGUUGCCAAGGUACUUGUUUGUGAAAACAUUAGUCACACAUCAUACAUUUUCCAGGUUUGGUAUUAAAGUAACAGUUCUCUGAAGGUGCAAUAGUGCUACUGAAGAAGUCUUUGAGGUCCAGGGGCUUUCAAUAAAUGUUGUUAACAGUGAGGAGCAGUGGUGGUUUAACGAGGUCCUCCUCCAUACUGUCUUUUCUCCAGAUGUGGAUGAGUGUCUGCUCCCCGGAGCCUGCCUCCAUGGCAGGUGUGUCAAUCUGGAUGGCUCCCACAGGUGCAGCUGUAACCCUGGUUACCAAACCACUCCUGACGGCAGGGCCUGUGAAGGUCUGUAAAGGAUUAGAUGUGUGGAAUAUGACUCUUCACGGUAUAACACUGUUCUCUUUGAGCUCUGAGCUCUCUGUGGCUUUUUUAAUACCUCAUCAUUGUUUUAUUAGAUGUUGACGAGUGUGCUACUCCUAAUGUGUGCCCCGGGGGAAUUUGCACCAACACCGAAGGUUCCUACUCAUGCAAGAACUGCAGCCCUGGAUUUCAGCGAUCAGCGGCUGGACAGAGAUGUGAAGGUACUGUAUAUAACCUGUACAACCUUUAGUGUUUCAGUCAACACACUGAAUUAUCAUCACCUACCAUGUCAGACAGUGUGUAGCAACCUACUGUACAUUCUUCAUGGUAAUCUGUGUCUUUGUUCCAGAUGUGGAUGAGUGCUCCCAAGCAGACAUGUGUCUAGGAGGGGUAUGUGCCAACACAGAGGGCUCCUUCACCUGCACCAGCUGUAAGGACGGAUACAGGGUUUUCCAGGACAGGCAGAGGUGUGAGGGUGAGUCCAGUCAAAGCCUUCCCCAGCUGGCACAUUUGCCCACGCCUUCUAAGACUUGCCCUUUGCGUGUAUCAACUGUAUCAAUAGUAAAUCAUGUCUGUGCUGGUCUGCGUGUCUCUCCAGAUAUUGAUGAGUGCCAGUCUGGGUCUGUGUGUGCUAACGGGAUCUGUCUCAACUCUGAGGGCUCCUACUCCUGCAUCACCUGUCCCUCAGGCUACAGCGUCUCCCUUGAUGGAGAGCUCUGUGAAGGUUCGUCCAUCCUCCCUGAAACCACAUCUAAUGAUCUGUCCUGAAGAAGUUGUAUGUUACUGACCAGUCUGAGUUUGUUUGUUACUUAUUGGAACAGAUAUUGAUGAGUGUGCGCUGCCCACUACCUGCCCCAGGGGAACAUGCGCCAACACAGAGGGUUCCUUCAUCUGCACCACCUGCAGGCCAGGCUACAGAGUGACUGAGGAUGGGCUAGACUGUGAAGGUAUGUUAUGGUAUGCUGUGUAAGCAUGUUAUGUUCUGCCCUCUGCCCUGCGUGUGUCAGAUGUGAGAGAGUGUGCCAGGUAACGCCUCACUGGGCCCUGUGUGAGUCCAGCCAGGCCUCUCUCCCACACAUCGCCUGUGUUAACAGCAGGCUCAGGUUGUCUGUAAAUGGCGUCAGGUGUGACGACUUGGACACAAAGCCCCUCUCCUGAGCUAAAGAUCCCAAAAUACUCCCAGACAUCACAUCAUAACUGGGUCCUGGAUCCCUAUCCCUCCGGCACCAUGUGUUCAAAAGAAUGAGAAAUGGGCCUCAAAUAAAACACGCUGAAGUAAGCCUGUCCCACUGAUAGAUCAGCUGGAGAGAUAGAUGUGUUGACAGUGGAACUUUAUGCCAUAUCAAUUAUAAACUGAUCGAAAGUAUUACAUGUGGCACGCUGUCAUGUUUUCCACCAGGCAUGCUGUCCUCUGCUACAGCUCAGCUAUGUACAGUUGAAGUGGGAUGUUUACAUACACUUCGUUUUUCAACCACUCCACAAAUUUCUUGUUAACAAACUAUCGUUUUGGCAAGUCUGUUAGGACAUCUACUUUGUGCAUGACACAAGUAAUUCUUCCAACAAUUGUUUACAGACAGAUUAUUUCACUUAUAAUUCACUGUAUCACAAUUCCAGUGGGUCAGAAGUUUACAUACACUAAGUUGACUGUGCCUUUAAACAGCUUGGAAAAUUCCAGAAAAUGAUGUCAUGGCUUUAGAAGCUUCUGAUAGGCUAAUUGACAUAAUUUGAGUCAAUUGGAGGUGUACCUGUGGAUGUAUUUCAAGGCCUACCUUCAAACUCAGUGCCUCUUUGCUUGACAACAUGGGAAAAUCAAAAGAAAUCAGCCAAGACCUCAGAAAAUUAAUUGUAGACCUCCACAAGUCUGGUUCAUCCUUGGGAGCAAUUUCCAAACACCUGAAGGUACCACGUUCAUCUGUACAAACAAUAGUACGCAAGUAUAAACACCAUGGGACCACGCAGCCGUCAUACCGCUCAGGAAGGAGACGCUACUUUGGUGCGAAAAGUGCAAAUCAAUCCCAGAACAACAGCAAAGGACCUUGUGAAGAUGCUGGAGGAAACAGGUACAAAAGUAUCUAUAUCCACAGUAAAACAAGUCCUAUAUCGACAUAACCUGAAAGGCCACUCAGCAAGGAAGAAGCCACUGCUCCAAAACCGCCAUAAAAAAGCCAGACUACGGUUUGCAACUGCACAUGGGGACAAAAAUCUUACUUUUUGGAGAAUGUCCUCUGGUCUGAUGAAACAAAACAGAACUGUUUGGCCAUAAUGACCAUCGUUCUUGGAGGAAAAAGGGAGUACUUGCAAGCCAAAGAACAACAUCCCAACCGAGAAGCACAGGGGUGGCAGCAUCAUGCUGUGGGGGUGCUUUGCUGCAGGAGGGACUAGUGCACUUCACAAAAUAGAUGGCAUCAUGAGGAAGGAAAAUUAUGUGGAUAUAUUGAAGCAACAUCUCAAGACAUCAGUCAGGAAGUUAAAGCUUGGUCGUAAAUGGGUCUUCCAAAUGGACAAUGACCCCAAGCAUACUUCCAAAGUUGUGGCAAAAUGGCUUAAGGACAACAAAGUCAAGGUAUUGGAGUGGCCAUCACAAAACCCUGACCUCAAUCCUAUAGAACAUUGAAACAUGAAAAAGCGUGUGCGAGCAAGGAGGCCUACAAACCUGACUCAGUUACACCAGCUCUGUCAGGAGGAAUGGGCCAAAAUUCACCCAACUUAUUGUGGGAAGCUUGUGGAAGGCUACCCAAAACGUUUGACCCAAAUUAAACAAUUUAAAGGCAAUGCUACCAAAUAUUAAUUGAGUGUAUGUAAACUUCUGACCCACUGGGAAUGUGAUGAAAGAAAAAAUCUGAAAGAAAUCAUUCUCUCUACUAUUAUUCUGACAUUUCACAUUCUUAAAAUAGUGGUGAUCCUAACUGACCUAAAACAGAAUUUUUACUAGGAUUAAAUGUCAGGAAUUGUGAAAAGCUGAGUUUAAAUGUAUUUGGCUAAGGUGUAUGUAAAUGUACGACUUCAACUGUAGUUAACUGGGCUUCUCUCUGUCUCUCUGUCCUGUUGUUCAGAUGUGGAUGAGUGCUUGGUGGCUAAUGUGUGCCCAGGCCAGCUGUGUAGGAACAGCCCCGGAUCCUUCUCCUGCAGGAGCUGUGGGACUGGCUUUACCCUGUCUGAGGACGGCACCCACUGCCAGGGUAAGACUGCCUAACUAACCUCUAGAACACACUCACCCCCACCCUCCCCUUCUUCUCCCCAAGAGGAAGAGUACAGAUCCAGUCCUAUAUUAUCCAAUGUUAUUUAAUGGAAGAGUGGAUUUAGACUAGGAAGAAGAUCUCCUUUUUUAAAUGUUUUGCUCUGGGAAAAUCCUGGAAACAAGUCCAAGUCAGACUUUAAUUGGAUUUUAAUGGAUGUCUCUGUGCCAGGAAAAGAUUAACGGCCUAUGUAGCCAGCACACACUGUGGAACUCCUCUGUUGACCCACAGGCAAAUCACUUAACAAUGGCCUGCACUAUUUUCCCAAUAAGAAAUAUAAUCUGUACCAGAGCAAGGAAUUUCCAAUGAUCACAUAACAGAGAGCCAGGGAGUGUCUGUUGAUACAGUAAUUAUACACCACCUGUAAUAGCUUGCUGUUUUGGAAUCGAUGCCUGUCCUGCAUACUUAGCCUAUCUCUCCACCCUUUUUAAUAAAGCACUGUCAGUGCAAGCUAAUAAAGGAGGCUUUGCUUACUGUACGUGCAGACUGACUCCUUGCAUUCAGCCAUUAGUCAUGUUAUCAGGCCAGAGGCAGACAGUUGCUGUGGGUGCUUUGAGAGGGUGUCUCCUAGGACUGAUGGGCUUGAUCUGACCUCAUUCAUGUUAUGAUGCUCUCUCUCUUUUCCCUCUUCCCCCUCUCUGUCUCAAUCUCUCUCUCUCUCUCUCCUUCAGACAUAAACGAGUGCCUGUCCCCAGGGAUCUGUCCCAUGGGCAUUUGCAACAACACAGAGGGCUCAUACUCCUGUAUGACCUGUGACCUUGGCUUCACGCUGGCGCCCAAUGGGCUAUCCUGUGAAGGUACUACUUUUUUACUAAUGUCUCUUCACUCCUGCUGGAAGUUAUCCUCUUAUGCUGAUAAUAUAUUUGUAGUCAGUCACAUCUCUGCAUGGUAGACCAGCACUGGCAGAUGCGAUAUGAGUCAUCAUAAUUCCCCGAAGUAAACUAUGAAAUGUAUGUAUAUUCUUGUGGGAGGUUGUGACACUUUCCUCAAAGUUUUGGCCGCAUUAUUUGGAGGAUGAACUGAGAACCCACUUGGAUUAAUACCCAAUGAUCUGCCAGCUGUGGUGUGAAUGUGUCACGCUACAUUACGGACUGAAUGGUGUGUGUGUGUGUUUCCCCUCUGUGUCCCCUGCUCGGCAGACAUCAAUGAGUGUGAGGACAGCGGUCUGUGUCUGGGAGGACAGUGCACCAACAGCCCCGGCUCCUACAGCUGCUCCUGUCCCCCGGGCCUGGAGCUGGUGGAAGGGACGUCCUGCAGAGGUACACACACAAACACAUCAAAAGCGGAAUUCUAGGAUCCCACGGCAAACACAACCACAGAGACAGGUACAGUGCCUUCAGAAAGUAUUCAUGCCCCUUGACUUAUUCCGCAUUUUGUUGUAUUACAGCCUGAAUUCACAAUGGAUUUGAAAAAAAAUCAUCCAUCUGCACACAAUACCCCAUAAUGACAAAGUGAAAACAUAUUUUUAGAGAUUUUGUCAAAUGUAUAGAAAAUUAAAACAGAAAUCUCAUUUACAUAAGUAUUCAAACCCCUUUGCUAUGACACUCCAAAUUGAGCUCAGGUGCAUCCAAUUUCCUUUUAUCAUCCUUGAGCUUUCACUACAACUUGAUUGGAGUCCACCUGUGGCCAAUUCAAUUGUUUGUACAUGAUUUAGAAAGAAACACACCUGUCUAUAUAAGGUCCCACAGUUGACAGUGCACGUCAGAGCAGAAACUAUUAAUUAAUUAAUUAAUUAAUCAAUGAAACUAUACCAUGAAGUCCAAGGAACUGCCUGUAGAUCUCUGAGAUAGAAUUGUGAUGAGGCAUAUAUCUGGGUAAGGGUAUACAACUAUUUCUAGAGUGUUGAAAGUUUCCAAGAGCGCAGUGGUCUCCAAAUAUGGAACUACCUAGACUCUGCCUAGAGCUGGCCGUCUGACCAAACUGAGCAACCGGACAAUAAGGACCUUGGUCAGGGAGGUGACCAAGAACCCAAUGACCACUGACAGAACUACAGAGUUCCUUGGCUGAGAUGGGAGAACCUGCCAGAAGGACAACGGUCUCUACAGCACUUCACCAAUCUGGGAUUUAUGAGAGAGUGGCCAGACAGAAGCCAAUCCUGAGAAAAGGGCAUAUGACAGCACACCUGGAGUUUGCAAAAAGGCACGUGAAAGACAGGGCAUUAGGCAAAAUAUUCUGUGGUCUGAUGAGACAAAAAUGUAACUCUUUAGCCUGACUGGAAAGCGCUAUGUCUGGAGAAAACUAGGCACAACUCAACACCUGUCUAACACCAUCCCUACCGUGAACCAUGGUGGUGGCGUCAUGCUAUGGGGAUGCUUUUCAGCGGCAGGGACUGGGAGACUGGUAAGGAUAGAGGGAACAAUGAAUGGAGCAAAAUACAGGCAAAUCGUUGAUGAGAUCCUGCUUCAGAGUGCAAACGACCUUAGACUGAAGCGAAGAUUUACGUUCCAACAGGACAAUUACCCCAAGCAUACAGCCAAAGCAAUGCUGGAAUGGCUUCAGAACAAGAACGUAAAAGUCCUUGAGUGGCCCAGCCAAACCCCAGACUUGAAUCCAUUUAGAAAAUCUGUGGAAAGACUUGAAGAUUGCUCUUCACCGCCGCUCCCCAUAUAACUUAACAGAACUUGAGAAACUCUGCAAGAAAGAAUGAGAGAAAAUCCCCAAAUCCAGAUGUGCAACGCUGGUACAGACAUACCCAAGACGACUCAAAGCUGUAAUCACCCCCAAAUGUGCUUCUACAAAGUAUUGACUCAGGGGUAUGGAAUACUAUGUAAAUGAGACAUUUCUAUAUUUCAUUUUCAAUAAAUUAGCAACAAUGUCAAACAUGUUUUCACUUUCAUUAUGGGGUAUUGUGUGUAGAUGGGUGAGAUUUUUAAUUCAGGCUGUAACACAAAACAUUUUGAAUAAGUCAAGGGGUAUGAAUACUUCCUGAAGGCACUGUAAGUACAAUCAAAAGGUUAUUUAUUGAUGAUUAGAAUUAAGUGACAAGAUCUUAAAAAGCAUUAGUUGAUUGGUUCUGUUUAAAACUACUAAGCGCCCAGUUAGAAACAUUUAAGGCUAGGAGUUAGGACUGCGGUAUAGCCCAGAAUUUAACACUGAGCCCAGGGGAAAAACGAACAGCUGCAGAGUUACUUCACUCACACAGAGCAGUGGUUUACGUUCGUUCGGCUCUCCCAGAGCAGGGUUUGUUCGUUCAGCUCUGCCCGAGCAGGGUUGCCCUCCGUGGCUUCGUUGCCGUUGCAUGAUAACGUCGUUGCUCUGACGUCGGCGUUGAAACUAUGUUCCCCGACAACUCUUGGCGGGGAACACAAAAAGUACACUGAGUGACUGUGCUGAUCAACAAUGUAGAAAUGCACUCACAUACUCGGGAAUAAGCACUUUCCUUUAGAUGGUGCUAUUGUGAGCGUUGUACAAGUCCUCUCGCUCUCUCUGUCGGGGUGGCUGUAUUGUAGUGUCGAUAGCCUCUCGCAGCUGCGCCAGGCGUGUACCCUGUGUCUGUAGACGCGGGAGUCAACAAACAUACAAUUAGAACAUGUACUGACCUACAGCUUGGAAUCACACAUUAGACAUAAGCACUUUCCUUUAGUAGUGUUAUAGAGAGUGUAAUGGAGUCUUUUUUGCACAGCUGAUCAGUGGAUAGGGACAGCGGUCGAGGUGCAGCGAGAAGUGGAGGGGUUCCAAGUCGAAUGGCGCGUUGAAGGUAAGUGUCCAUUUCCUUUUGUCUCUAGUUCUGGGGCAUGUUUAGUGUUUAGUUCAGGGAGGGAGGAGUUGAUAGGGAUUGGCAACAGCUGUCUCAUAGUCAAUAUAGUCCAUGCCAAUCUGUAGAAUCACAGCACAACCUGUAAAGAAAGUAAAUAGUUCAUGCAAUUCAACUCAAUUUCACACGUGAGAAUGGCAAUCAUAAAUAACACAGCACACAUGAGUGAAAGGCACUCGUAAAAUAGCAAAAUAAGACAUGCUGAUAAGUAAUAUAAUAAACAUGCCGAUAAUAUAAAUAAAGUAUACUGAACAAAAAUAUAAACGCAACAUGCAACAAUUUCAAAGAUUUUACUGAGUUACAGUUAGUGUAAGGAAAUCAGUUAAUUGAAAUAAAUUCAUUAGGCCCUAAUCUAUGGAUUUCACAUGACUGGGAAUACAGAUAUGCAUCUGCUGGUCACAGAUACCUUUAAAAAAAAGGUAGGGGUGUGGAUCUGAAAUCCAGUUAGUAUCUGGUGUGACCACCAUUUGCCUCAUGCAGCAGGACACAUACAGUGGGGAGAACAAGUAUUUGAUACACUGCCGAUUCCUACUUACAAAGCAUGUAGAGGUCUGUAAUUUUUAUCAUAGGUACACUUCAACUGUGAGAGGCGGAAUCUAAAACAAAAAUCCAGAAAAUCACAUUGUAUGAUUUUUAAGUAAUUAAUUUGCAUUUUAUUGCAUGACAUAAGUAUUUGAUCACCUACCAACCAGUAAGAAUUCCGGCUCUCACAGACCUGUUAGAUUUUCUUUAAGAAGCCCUCCUGUUCUCCACUCAUUACCUGUAUUAACUGCACCUGUUUGAACUCGUUACCUGUAUAAAAGACACCUGUCCACACACUCAAUCAAAUAGACUCCAACCUCUCCACAAUGGCCAAGACCAGAGAGCUGUGUAAGGACAUCAGGUAUAAAAUUGUAGACCUGCACAAGGCUGGGAUGGGCUACAGGACAAUAGGCAAGCAGCUUGGUGAGAAGGCAACAACUGUUGGCGCAAUUAUUAGAAAAUGGAAGAAGUUCAAGAUGACGGUCAAUCACCCUCGGUCUGGGGCUCCAUGCAAGAUCUCACCUCGUGGGGCAUCAAUGAUCAUGAGGAAGGUGAGGGAUCAGCCCAGAACUACACGGCAGGACCUGGUCAAUGACCUGAAGAGAGCUGGGACCACAGUCUCAAAGAAAACCAUUAGUAACACACUAUGCCGUCAUGGAUUAAAAUCCUGCAGUGCACGCAAGGUCCCCCUGCUCAAGCCAGCGCAUGUCCAGGCCCGUCUGAAGUUUGCCAAUGACCAUCUGGAUGAUCCAGAGGAGGAAUGGGAGAAGGUCAUGUGGUCUGAUGAGACAAAAAUAGAGCUUUUUGGUCUAAACUCCACUCGCCGUGUUUGAAGGAAGAAGAAGGAUGAGUACAACCCCAAGAACACCAUCCCAACCGUGAAGCAUGGAGGUGGAAACAUCCUGCUUUUCUGCAAAGGGGACAGGACGACUGCACCGUAUUGAGGGGAGGAUGGAUGGGGCCAUGUAUCGCGAGAUCUUGGCCAACAACCUCCUUCCCUCAGUAAGAGCAUUGAAGAUGGGUCGUGGCUGGGUUUUCCACCAUGACAACGACCCGAAACACACAGCCAGGGCAACUAAGGAGUGGCUCCGUAAGAAGCAUCUCAAGGUCCUGGAGUGGCCUAGCCAGUCUCCAGACCUGAACCCAAUAGAAAAUCUUUGGAGGGAGCUGAAAGUCCGUAUUGCCCAGCGACAGCCCCGAAACCUGAAGGAUCUGGAGAAGGUCUGUAUGGAGGAGUGGGCCAAAAUCCCUGCUGCAGUGUGUGCAAACCUGGUCAAGACCUACAGGAAACGUAUGAUCUCUGUAAUUGCAAACAAAGGUUUCUGUACCAAAUUUUAAGUUCUGCUUUUCUGAUGUAUCAAAUACUUAUGUCAUGCAAUAAAAUGCAAAUUAAUUACUUAAAAAUCAUACAAUGUGAUUUUCUGGAUUUUUGUUUUAGAUUCUGUCUCUCACAGUUGAAGUGUACCUAUGAUAAAAAAUUACAGACCUCUACAUGCUUUGUAAGUAGGAAAACCUGCAAAAUCGGCAGUGUAUCAAAUACUUGUUCUCCCCACUGUAUCCUUCGCAUAGAGUUGAUCAAGCUGUUGAUUGUGGCCUGUGGAAUGUUGUCCCACUCCUCUUCAAAUGCUGUGCGAAGUUGCUGGAUAUUGGCGGGAACUGGAACACGCUGUCGUACACGUCGAUCCAGAGCAUCCCAAACAUGCUCAAUGGGUGAAUGUCUGGUGAGUAUGGAGGCCAUGGAGAACUGGGACAUUUUCAGCUUCAAGGAAUUGUGUACAGAUCCUUGCGAAAUGGGGCCAUGCAUUUUCAUGCUGAAACAUGAGGUGAUAGCAACGGAUGAAUGGCACAACAUUGGGCCAAAGGAUCUCGUCACGGUAUCUCUGUGCAUUGCCAUUGAUAAAAUGCAAUUGUGUUUGUUGUCCGUAGCUUAUGCCUGCCCAUACCAUAACCCCACCGCCACCAUGGGGCACUCUGUUUACAACAUUGACAUCAGCAAACCGCUCGCCCACAUGACACGUGGUCUGCGGUUGUGAGGCAGGUUGGACGUACUGCCAAAUUCUCUAAAACGAUGUUGGAGGCGGCUUAUGGUAGAGAAAUGAACAUUCAAUUCUCUGGCAACAUCUCUAGUGGACAGUCCUGCAGUCAGCAUGCCAAUUGUACGCUCCCUCAACUUGAGACAUCUGUGGGAUUGUGUUGUGUGACACAACUGCACAUUCUAGAGUGGCCUUUAAUUUUCCCCAGUACAAGGUGCACCUGUGUAAUGAUCAUGCUGUUUAAUCAGCUUCUUGAUAUGCCACACCUAUCAGGUGGAUGGAUUCUCUUGGCAAAGGAGAAAUGCUCACUAACAGGGAAGUAAACAAAUUUGUGCACAACAUUUGAGAUAAAUAAGCUUUUUGUGUGUGUGGAACAUUUCUUGGAUCUUUUAUUUCAGCUCAUGAAACAUGGGACAAAUAUUUUACAUGUUGCGUUUCUAUUUAGCAAGAGUCAGUGUCAUUUGUGACACACACAGACCCCCUCUCUCUGGGGACGUCCUUAGUGUGUAUCACUCAUGUGGAUUUGGAGGAAAUGGGACAGUUCAAUCUCCUGUUCAGCUGUGGAUGAGUGUCGGUCUGGGGUGAUCAGUGGAGAAGGGGACUGUCUGAACACAGAUGGUUCCUACCUCUGCAUCUGUCCCUAUGGAUACACCACAGGCACCGCAGAGGGAAAUGGCUGCCAAGGUGAGAGAACAAGCUAUACUGCUAGGAUUAUAACUAACUACCAACUGGUUUGAAUGCAUUACCACAAUUAGCACAAGCCACAAGUUCCUCCUGUCUGGGUAUGGACAGACAGUGCAUGCAGCGGGCAGCUUGUACUCACUGACCCUGUCUCUCUCUGGGCUGACCCUUUUCCCCCCUGCUCUCCCCCCUGCUCCAGCUUUGGGGUGCCUAGGUGUCCACUGGUUCCCCAGGCCAGUUAGGCAGCAGGGAUCAAACCCAGCCAUUUUUUCUAACAGGCUAUGGUCAGACAUCAACAGUCUCACUGCUCCUCCUCUUUCAGCUCCACUGGACCAGCCGCACCAGCUGACCCCUUGCCCUGGUCACACCAGAGAGAGAAAAAAAUGCUGCUCCUGAUUGUUGGCCAGAGCGCUAGCUAGCCUUUUACUGGAACAUUCUGGAGCAUUAGCUGUCAAAAUACAGACGAAUGGAGCACUCUGGAAGAAUCAAUAUGAAAGGAACGUAGCUCAGGCUAAAUGUCUGAGCUGCAUAUUAUUGAUUCUGGCCUGUUUUACUGCUGAGAUGUAUCUAGCAUUAGCGUAACCUGAAUGACAAAUCAUUGGGCAGUACACUGAGCAUGUUAUCGCUGUGGAGUGAUGUGAAGCAUGGAGCAGGGCCACUCUCUGGAGGUGGAAGAUCCUGGAGGGGGUUAUAGUGGGUGAGGGUCCCAUGGUGCGAGGGGACUGGACCUCUUCUAGGCCAUGCGUAACAGCAGGCUAGGCAGCACCUCCCCAGUGCCUAGUGCUGAUGGCUGGACUUUCCCUUCACUCCACUGGGCUGUGGCCAUGUACUGUAGCACCACACAGCAUCCACAACAGUGAGCAAGGCAGGCCCAACCCUGGCCCUCUGCCACAGCAAAUAUAGUCCUUUAAUUAACCUUUAAAUCAGAGGCUGGGAAUAUUUUCAUGCUGUCUGCCAUUGUGUGUGCAGCGCUGACACAAUGAAAGCCAGGCCUCUCUGCCAUGGGCCCUGCAGGGAGAGGAGAGGGGGUGCAUGGGAAGGAGAGGGUCAGGUGAGCCCAGAGUGGUUAGCCCUCUGGUUGGAACACAGGUGGACUAGCUGGAUGGCUGGCUGCUUACAGGGCUAUGAGUACUGGUACUGUCUGAGGCUCAACCAUGGAUAGUGGACUAACAUCAGUCAAUCAUAAAGAUUAACUACUAAUCAAUCGAGUAUAACCUGCCAUGCAGCUCUGUUUGAGAUAAAUCAUUGCUUUAAAUGUUUGUUAUCGAAUCACAUGGCUAUUAAACCGGAAGAUAAAUGUGGGUGCUUACCCAUGCUGUUUUCAGACAGUUUUGUUCCCUUUACCUCCAUACAUGUGUUUACUGUCUACAAUGAGAGAUUUGUCUCAUUAUCAGCCAUGGCAAAAGAAGAUGUUCAAUUUUUGUUGCUUUUCUGCCUUGCCCCCACUUAUUAGGCUAUUCAGUCCAAAUACCUUUUAAGUUAUGAUGUAAUGUGGCAAUUACACCAAUCUACAUUUAAUCAAGCAUACAGCCAUCAUUAUACAUUUUUUACUAGUCGGAGGGAAUGUUCCCAGACCUAUAGCUAGGGUACAUACUUUUUUCAUAUUUUCUGUUUGCCAGUACCGUAAAGUGUUCCAAAUGGGCAAUGUAUCUUACGCUCAGACAAGCCCUUGAUUGCACACAUGCAUUAUUUUCUUCAUGUUAAGAGAGAAUGAGAUUCUCGGUGGCUGACUGAUUCAUAUUAUACCAAAGAAGAGAAUACUUCAUGACUAUCAUAAACAAAGAACACUUUCUUUCACACUUUCCUCUCUUCUUAUCUCAAUUUCUCUCUCUCUCUCUGUGUCUGUCUCUGUCUUUCUCUCCCCCCUCUCCUCCUCCUCCUCUCUCCCUCCAGAUGUUGAGUGCAGUAAGGACGGCGUGUGCUCCCAUGGUCAGUGUCUCAACACAGAUGGCUCCUACCUCUGCCUGUGUGAGGCUGGCUUCAAGUACUCUGCAGACACAGCUGACUGUGAGGGUAAGAACACUCUACCAAAUUCAUAACCCCUUCACUCUACCCACAAUCCACUGCUUCUGCCCCAGCUGAAACUCAGCAGAGUUAAUAAAACGUUCCGGUCCAUUUAGACCAGAGUCCGCCCUGUGUGUGAAAGUUUUUUUUUUUAUGAUUGAUUAUGUAGCUGUAGUCAGUGCAGUGUCAAUGGUGACAUUCCCUCAGUGAGAGAGUCCAACUAUGGCUCAGAGGCUUUCCUCUGGCUGUAGCUGUAGUCUUGCGUAAGGGAGCUCCCUGUGACUGGAGCCCUGCUCCUCAUCUCCCCUUGGGGAGUAUGAAUUACCCCAUUGUGGGAUGGAGGUGUUUCUCCCUCUGGAACAUCUCCCUUUGCUCCUUCACAAGUUCUUCAGUUCCUGUGAAAAUAUUGUUCUUGGCCAUGCCCAGUUUCUGCUGCUGAGCACUGAGGACAGCAGCACCACAGGCCUCCUGGCUGUGCCUACUCAUGCUGGGGAGACAUUGUACUGUGAGGAAUGGAGGGGGAAUGGGAUUGGUGAUUAAUAAUAUAAUAAAUAAUAAUAAGCCAUUUAGCAGAUGCUUUUAUCCAAAGCGACUUACAGUCAUGUGUGCAUACAUUUUUACGUAUGGUUGGUCCCGGGGAUCGAACCCACUACCCUGGCGUUACAAGCGCCGUGCUCUACCAGCUGAGCUACAGAGUGAGUGUGUGCAUGUAUGAUAUAAGCACAUGUAUAUCUCAGGUCUACUGGUCUGGCCUACUCAAGCUGGAGAUCCAUGCUGCUGUGAAGGGUGAAGAAUAGGAUUGAUGUGUGUAUGACAUUAGAACAUCUCUUUCUCUCCACAGAUCAGAAUGAGUGUAAGGAGUAUGGUAGCUCGGUGUGUGGCUCCUGGCUCUGUGAGAACACCAUUGGCUCGUACCGCUGCUUCAUGGGGUGCCAGCCUGGCCUGUAUGGAGAGGACAACCCAGACUGUGGUAAGUCAGAGUGGAUAACAGGCUCUGUGCUUAGUCAACAGGCAAUGUACUUACUUGGUGGACAGCUGAAGGCACUUGAAUAUCAGCCUUACUGGUCAUUCACCUUGGGCAGUUUUCUGAAAGAAACGCUCUGCAUUGUCUCGAUGGCCCCUCAGCCCACCCCCACCCUACAGAGAUACUAAUAUCACUCUGGCACGCACACACAGAGGCUCAUCUAUCAAACGCUAAUCAGGUGCACUGGGCCUUCUUGGCCAGGGGAGCAAAGAGAGGUGAAAUGGGCCCUGAAAUUGGGCCACUUUAGAAAGGGAGCAGCGGUAUCAUCCAAGGCGGUGUUUGAGGCCGGAUGAUAAUAGGGCCAGGUCUCAUCCUCCAGACAAUGGGGCUAAUAGAGUUUUUUUGGCAAGGGCGAUGGGUGUAACCUGAUCCCAGCUCUUCUCCUCUCUAAGUGGGGCAGGGCUGUCAUCUGAUGGGACGUACGGUGCGCCCCACCCCUCCCAGCCAGCCCUCGCCCUCCUCAGGCCACUGCAACUUAGACACCCGGUCGGGUGGUCACCUGAUCUGGCCUGGGAGGUGUAGAGACGACCGACACAUCUGGGUCUAACAUCUGUCCAACAACAACAAAACAGCCCUGUCUCCAUGACAACUAAAAACAAGACCCUAUGUGUUUACUGGCAAAGACAGACCAUCAGUCUGUGUAUGUGUGUGUCCAUGAGAGAUGAACAUAAUUUUACUAUAUUCAGAAGAGUGUUUGAUUAGUGCUGGUGCACGCCCGUUUUCGAAGCAGUUUGUAUAGGUGGUGGCUGGUGCUGUUCCCCUCUGCUGGUAAACUUCUCAGUUACCGUAAAACAUGAAUCAAGUCGGUUUUAUAAGAGGCAUAUCUGACAUUGAGCAAAAACAUACAGGCCAAGUAUUUGCUCAUAUCAAAAUGGCUUCCAAACAGGCUGCUCCGUUGGGUAGCCAUGUUGUUGUGUAACUGUCUCCUCUUACUUAUCUAACCACCAACAAGGUUUUUCCACAGCAGCUUGACCAUUGAGAUGACACAUUGUGGAUCAUAAUCCACAGUUUAGGCUGAGCCUGUUAAAACUCAACAGCCCAAGACCAAGUCAUAAUACCCCAGAGCAUUGUAACAGCUCCAGCCUCUCUGGUCCAGUCCAGUGAUGCAGCCAGCUGUGGCCAUCUCUGACCCACUAUCUCUUCACCUCUGUUCUGACGCCAGCCUUCCCUCCUCUCCUCCAGGCUCCCCUGCAUCUCCAUGGGACAUACAUACAGUACAUCCACACAACGCAUCACAGACAUUGACCGCAGAGCUUCUCCUCCCCUCCAGCCCCUGGCCUCCGCUUCCUCAGCCUGGGCUGUGGGAUCUGAGGACCAAGCCCUCUUGCCUCUUUCUCGCCCCCCACAGCUCAGCAUCUUGCACAAAGGCCACUUGUUCCAGGGCAUUAUGGGAGGUUAUGGGAGAUGUUGCCGUCCCCCCAAUAAAACGUCUGGGGAGGGAGCUCAAUUACUCCUAGACAUUUUUGUCUGCUUGUAAAAAUCAUCCAAUAUUUAAGAAGGCCAUACACUGUAAUUUGCCAUUUCUCUGAGGGGCGUUGAUUUAUUUUUACUCGCGGGCCUCCGAUGAGGCGGUGGUUGUCUUUGGCUCUGCUCACCAUACUCAUUUUGUGGCCAUAAUACAAAAUGGGAAAACUGACGUUCUCCUCAGCAGAGCUUCAGCUGCAACUACGCUCUACCUCCGUCCAUUGAAGUUGUUCACUCAGCCCUGCUAUGACAGCCUAUAGAGUGACGAAAGUAAUGCGUUACGUAAUCAGAUUACUUUUAUAAGUAACAAAGUAAAGUAACGCGGUACUUUUUCAAAUUGGGUAAUACUAUUACAGUUACUUUGUCAAACAAUGUUUGCGUUACUUUCAGAAUUAUAUCUCUACUGGGCGCGUGUUUCCAUGAUCCGAUCUCGACUUGUUUCCUCAUUUAGUUAUCGAGCGAGCAGAGAAAGGCUGUUUAGAGAAAUGUCAUGACUAGGGCUGUUAUGGUGACCAUGUUACCGCCACGCCAGCGGUCACGAGUCAUGACCGCAGUCAAAAUCCACAUGACCGUUUAGUCAUGGUAACUAUGCUUCUUCAUGCUCUGAUGCUGCUGAUGGUCAUUAGUAGCCUACCAAACUUGCCAACUGCCUGGUACUCAGCACUCUAUUGUCCCCUUUAAUCACUCUGACAUCAAUGCAAAUGUAAUCUAAAAAAAUCAAACACUUCAUGAGAGCCCAUGAGCUCAUGUUGCACAACAUUUGUAUAGGCUAUGCAAUUGUGUGAGAAAAGAGGAGGAUCCCAUCAGCUUUCUAUAGGCUAGGCCUACUAUAUUUAUUUCUCAACUUUCCUAAUAUUAAGCACAUUGCUUUGCUUUACAACAGGAGUAUAGCCUACCUGGCUGGCAUGAAAAUGAACCAUGGGAAAAGAGUCCUCCAUUUAAGUGAAUGGAUGAUAUAAACACAUGUAUUCCUGCCCCUGUUUCCAGACAGGUGCAUGAUAAUGGUCCAUUCUAAAUCAAAACUAAUUUCACACAUAUAUUAUUUAGUAUAUGUAAAGACAAGAUUAAAUUAAGAAUAGUCUGGUGGUGAAAAUAUUAGCCUAUCACUUGUGAAUGAUGUAUUAUCACUUGUGAAUGAUGUAUUAUCACUUGUGAAUGAUGUGUUAUCACUUGUGAAUUAUACAUUAUUACUUCUGAAUGAUGCCCAGCAUAAGAAACAUUGCCUUUUUUUGCGACUUUUUCGAAUCAUAGUCGCACACCUCAUGUAGCCUAGCCCAUAGGCCUAUAUGUUUUGAUAAGGUUGCCUAACUGGCAUACAUAGGCAGCGCGUGAGUUUCAAGUUUGGGGAAGAUCAUUUUCACCAUAAAAAUAUACCUUUAUAAUAAAGCUUUACAUGCAUAAUCGCAUUUGGGGUCACUUUUGAGAAGUGUUUUCCCGCUAAUUGAUUGCAUUUGGAACAUUCACGCUUAUAGCCUACUGCCGUGUGCACAUUGCUGCGCUUAUAAUGUGAAGAAAUAGCCUAAUAGUUUAUCAACAUUUUAAACUUAAACAUUCUUAUCUGUCGCAUCAGCUUCAUUGCUUUUAAAAGGUUUUUUGAUGCUAGUGGUUGUAUUAAUUUGGGAUCUAUCGCAUCCCACAACUAUCCCAAAGUAUGUUUGGAAUAUUUAUUUCUCGCACAGAAGGACAAGUUGACCAAUAGAAUAGGUCACCUUUUGUACUAUGGGGGAUAGUAGAUUCACAAAGGCUAGUGCUUUUUCUGUUCGUUAGGCCUACUCAUCUUGUUGGCUGACAAAAAGUAAAUGUGGACAGUUCUUCUAACAUCAAUAUGCGCCUCGGAAUUCGAUAAGAGGGACGCGCGCAGUUGCAUCCCCGAUUUGUCUGUCUUCAUUUGUAGCCUACUUUGGAGCUGAGAUGCCUAUGAGAAGAACCCGAUCAGAAUUGAGAUAUCUGAGAGAGCCAUGUGGCCACACAAGGGGGAUGCCGCCGGGAAAUCCGAGGCCUGGUGAGAAUAUUAUCAAGUGCUUGUCAAAUUGGGAAUGAGAGACUGAUGAAAUGUGUGCAGCCUGCACAAAAAACAAAGCAGAGCUCAUGCCUUUAGAGUCGCAUCAUGCAGCCUUAAAAAAUAUAACAAAUCUAAACAUAUAGCCCAACUUUUGUAUCACAACUAAAGUUGCAUAAAUAACUCUAAAUUAAGCAUAUAGGAGGACCUGUUUCUUUGUUAACCGCUCAACACAAAAUAGCUGCAUGUGGUCAAUCCCUCGGAAAUCAUUUGGAGAAAAUAUCCUUUCUAUUUUAUUCAGCUAUGUUCAAUUGUAUUCUUCAUGCUAUAAAAAAAAUAUAUAAAAUAAUGCCAUGGAAUUCUAAGCAAAUCUUGUCUGCCAAAUGAACUAGUGUAGCCCACAGCCAUAUGGCAUAGCCAGAUCAGGGCCUAACAUAAGGACAAUUCAGAGUAUGCUAUUCUGUCUUCUGAAAUAGACUACAUAUCAUGUUUCUUUAGACCUGUCUAAAAUGAAUAAUGGAUUUAUUGUGAUGGUGUAGGCUAUAAUAAAUUGAUUUAUUCGAGUUUUUAAAUGUAGAUGUUCCAAAGGUCUGCAUCAGUGGCUUGUAGGCUAUGCGUGGAAGCCAGGAGAUGCUAAAUGUGUUUGUUAAUUAACGGUCAAUUACCGUGAGACCGGCAGUUAUUUGCUUGACAAUCACCGGCUGACAAAACGUAAUGACCACCACAGCCCUAGUCAUGACAGCUGCUGUCCAUAGAAAUGUAUAGAGGGCGCACCUCUGAUCUUUGCCAUUGAUCGCUUCUGUGUUAGCAAAGCCCUGUCUUAUCAUUCAAAAUCUUUCUCUCGAGGCGCCCGUUCUGGUUAUAGAUCGCACGUACACGGACGCAUAGAGAUGUCUAGAGGGCACACUUGCCACUAGACGGGAAAGCCCUCUCUAUGGGUCCGUGUACGUGCGAUUUAUAACCAGAACUGGCGGCUCGAGAGAAAGAUUUUGAAUGAUAAGACAGAUGUUUGGCUUAUAGUAUAUAUGGCUAAUUAAGGAGCCCAUAUAUAGUACAGCACUUGUAGACUAGAACAGGAAAGCAGCGCCACAGAUGAAAGGAGAAACUAGUGAUCAAACCUGAGUAAGUAACCUAUUUUUGGUAGAGCGCGCGCGGCUCACCUUGCUCCCUCCGACAGUCUUUUUAUUUUUUAUUUUUAUUUUAUGAAAGUAAUGCAAAGUAAUAUAACGCGUUACUUUACAAUAUUAUUUUGUGUGGAAAGUAACAUGUUACUUUUGUUAAAUGUAACGAGUAAUCUCUAUCUAUAUACAGUACCAGUCAAAAGUUUGGACACACCUAUUCAUUCAAUGGUUUUUCUUUAUUUUUACUAUUUUCUACCUUAUAGAAUAAUAGUGAAACCAUCAAAACUAUGAAAUAACACAUAUGGAAUCAUGUAGUAACCAAAAAAGUGUUAAACAAAUCUAAAUAUAUUUUAGAUUUUAGAUUCUUCAAAGUAGCCUCCCUUUGCCUUGAUGACAGCUUUACACACUCUUAGCAUUCUCUCAACCAUCUUCACCUGGAAUGCAUUUCCAACAGUCUUGAAGGAGUUCCCACAUAUGCCUCCUGUAGCUCAGUUGGUAGAGCAUGGCGCUUGCAACGCCAGGGUUGUGGGUUUGAUUCCCACGGGGGGCCAGUAUGAAAAAUAUAUGCACUCACUAACUGUAAGUCGCUUGUUGGCUGCUUUUCCUUCACUCUGAGGUCCAACUCAUCCCAAACCAUCUCAAUUGGUUAGAGAUCGGGUGAUUGUGGAGGCUAGGUCAUCUGAUGCAGCAUUCCAUCACUCUCCUUCUUGGUAAAAUAGCCCUUACACAGCCUGGAGGUGUGUUGGGUCAUUGUCCUGUUGAAAAACAAAUGAUAGUCCCACUAGGCCCAAACCAGAUGGGAUGGUGUAUCGCUGUGGUAGCCAUGCUGGUUAAGUGUGCCUUGAAUUCUAAAUAAAUCGUAGACCGUGUCACCAGCAAAGCACCUCCAAAAAUCUCCAAUUUGGACUCCAGACCAAAGGACAGAUUUUCCACCGGUCUAAUGUCCAUUGCUCGUGUUUCUUGGCACAAGCAAGUCUCGGGAUGCUGGCCUAGGCAGAGUUGCAAAGAAAAAGCCAUAUCUCAGACUGGCCAAUAAAAAGAAAAGAUUAAGUUGGGCAAAAUAACACAGACACUGGACUUUUUCUUUGCAACUCUGCCUAGGUCAGCAUCCCGGAGUCGCCUCUUCACUGUUGAUGUUGAGACUGGUGUUUUGUGGGUACUAUUUAAUGAAGCUGCCAUUUGGGGACCUGUGAGGCGUCUGUUUCUCAAACUAGACACUCUUGCUCAGUUGUGCACCGGGGCUUCCCACUCCUCUUUCUAUUCUGGUUAGAGCCAGUUUGCACUGUUCUGUGAAGGGAGUAGUACACAGCGUUGUACGAGAUCUUCAGUUUCUUGCCAAAAGGCACCUAAAGGACUCUCAGACCAUGAGAAACAAGAUUCUCUGGUCUGAUGAAACCAAGAUUGAACUCUUUGGCCUGAAUGCCAAGUGUCACGUCUGGAGGAAACCUGGCAUCAUCCCUACGGUGAAGCAUGGUGGUGGCAGCAUCCUGCUUUGGGGAUGUUUUUCAGCGGCAGCGACUGGGAGACUAGUCAGGAUCGAGGGAGCAAAGUACAGAGAGAUCCUUGAUGAACACCUGCUCCAGAGCACUCAGGACCUCAGACUGGGGUGAAGGUUCACUUGAGUAAAGGGUCUGAAUACUUAUUUGAUUUUUAAUAAAUGUGCAAAAAUCUCUACAAACCUGUUUUUGCUUCGUCAUUAUGGGUUAUUGUGUGUAGAUUGAAUGAGGCUGUAACGUAACAACAUUUGGAAAAAGUCAAGGGGUCUGAAUACUUUCCGAAUGCACUGUAUAUAGAUAGAUAGAUAGAUAGAUUACUUUUUCAAGUACUGGUGAGUGCUGUAUGAGAAAAGCAGUGUGUGUUUUUCAAUGUGUUUGCGUUGGAAAAGAAACAUGCAUCUCAUUUUUAUCCUUUGUUUCCAGCUGCAGUUCGGCAUUGUGGCUAUCAAUUUUGUGUGGCUAUGGCUUGUCUUUAAUAAGGCAUACAGGGCCGGAGUGUAAUGGAGAAGAUGGCCCCAGCUAGCCUGUAUUAUUAGAACAUAGCCACAGGUCUUUUAUUAACAAGCUCACACUCUGGCUGGACAGUCAGUCUUAAUUAGAGAGUUUUGUAAGGCUGUUAGUCCCAGGGUUUCGAAGCAUCCCAGUCAAGGACAUGGCCAUGGAAAGACCAUUAAAUAAAUUUGGCCUCGACAUUCCCCUUGCUCCCCAAGAUGAUGAUUUGAUAGCAUCACGCACGCCACUACAUGUGGAAACGGGAACAUUGUUUCCAUGUUUCAGAUGGAUGAAAACCUCUGAGCAGACACUGAUUAUUUCAUGUAGCAGCUGAGAGCUUAGGUGACCUUCCUGAGAGACCUCCCAGCUGGCUGCUUUACUCACACUGACCGUCCAAAGCCCCACUUAGGUUUUUCACACAUGCCAAAAUGUUCUUCACAGUGUUACAGUAUACACCUCAUCUUACUACAUGUCUGUAGCAAGGCCUCAAAGUCCAAAAGUAAACAUUUUAAUGGAGAAACAGCUCAAUGUUUUUGAUAAUUGCCCCCUCUACUAUGUUUGUAAACACAAAGUUUAGAUUUUGGUGGUCCCCAUGUCAACUUUUGUCUUCGUCAUGUCAGAGCCAUUUGGCUGACAUCACUAUUAGCACCAUCUUCUGGAUGGCUUUGCCUCUCUCCCUGCCCUCUGGACAGUGGGUCAGGCCUCCCAGAAUGCACUCAUUGACAUUUACAUUUUAGUCAUUUAGCAGACUAUCUUAUCCAGAGCGACAGUUAGUGAGUGCAUACAUUUUUCAUACUGGCCCCCCGUGGGAAUCGAACCCACAACCCUGGCGUUGCAAGCGCCAUGAUCCACCAACUGAGCUACAACUGCAUCUGUAAUAUAAUAGUAUGGCAGGGCCCAAGCCCUCUCCGUCCCUGCUGAAUGGGUUACUUCAUGCGGUCGUUCUGGCUGACUCUCCUCAUUCCUUGAAUGAUGCAGCAUUUACGAGAGCUCGGAGACAGAAUAAAAAUCGGAUAGACAAUAUGUGAAUGUCAUUUAUUUUUUUCCUCUACAAAUCUGCUGACUUUUAUGUAUCCACUGUAUUUCCAUUUGCUCCCGAAAGAUGUGUUAGCAUGUUUCAUAAGACAUGCAGGGCUACUAAUUAUAUGCCCUGAAGUUGAUGUAUACUUUACUAUCUACUGUACCUGUCAUUAUUUCAUGCCCAUAACUGUGACAUUUAGAGAAAAGAAUACAGUACCAGACACUCCUCCAUUUCCCCACUACUGUAAAUGCCCUGUAAACGAUUAGCUUUUGCUGAGUCAGGCGAUUUUAUUCUAAUUAGAAAAUAACACACACAGCACGGGUCUCUAACAAAGGAUGACUUGGCAAACGUCCCUCAAAUUCCUCAACAAAGGUGCCCUUCCAAACAAAAAAAUAAAAAAUAAAAUAAUAAUCUGAAUGUGGCUUUUGUGUGCAUUUUACCUUUCUGUGAUCUCUAGGGCAGGGUUUCCCAAACUCUGUGCUGGGGCUUCCCCUGGGUACAAGUUUUGGUUUUUGCCAUAGCACUACACAGCUGAUUCAAAUAAGCAAUGCUUGAUGAUGAGUUGGUUAUUUGAAAUCAGCUGUGUAGUGCUAGGAUAAAAAACAAAACGUUCACCCUGGGGGGGCAGGACCAAGUUUGGGAAACCCUGCUCCCUGCUCUAGGGGAAGCACGUGAUAACAUAGAAAAGUGUUUAGGAACAUAAUGGUUGUGUGUCACAACCUGGUGACUUGGAACGUGGCCAGUGCACAAGCAGGUUAACAUUGACCAAUGGUUCAUGUGAUUGACCAGGGAAAACCAUAGAAUGACUGAAGUGUGAUCAAACCAUUGGUCAAUGUUAACCUGCUUGUGCAGUCUGGGCUUUCUAAGAGUAACUGUCUUUGGCCUCUGCACUGUGCACCGUACGCCAAGAAAUACAAAAUUAUGUAUGUGAGAAAUUGCAAACAAAUGUUCCCUUUAAACAGAGGGUGGUUGGGAAUCAGCACUAGUGUUAUAUGGUCCAGUGUUAACAGCUCUAAGGUCCAUGCUUUCCUCUACUCACACAUUCAAUGUACACAUAACAAGGUCUUUCCCCUGGCUUCAUUAAACAUGCUUUAUGAUCUAUGGCUGCACAUGGUUGCCAGGUCUGGUCCUCUCUGUCCUUUUGCACGCAGAAAAUCUUCUCAAUUAGUCCAGAUCAGCUCCCCAGUUUAGAUUUUUUGCAUGGGACACAUUUUUGGAAUUACAAAAGUAAGAUGUCAAGUUAAAAUAGGGAAAAUGUAGGGAACAAUUCGGGCCCGUCAGAGUUGUUGCAGGAAAUGUGCAUUCAUUCAAGCAUUAUGAAAAUCCUAGUUACCCGUAGCCGUUUUGACAAAAUGUCUCUGAAGUGGCUUAUGUGGAUGUGCAGGCCCCUCCAUGUCUGCAAAUCAGUUCCAUGUUGUUACAUAAUCCAAGACCUCACUCGGCCAGAAAGUGAGCAACAGGUCACUUCUCACUCCAUAGACCCCAGCAGAGGACCCUUAAAUCCUGAGGCUUCCAUAUGCUGGCUCUACUUUAACACAAUGUAGCCAUGCUGAGGCAGCCCUUACAGACCUUUCACUGGGCUCAUUGAUAGCCAUCGGAGUCAGCAGAAUGGAUUCAAUCAAAUGGUCUGUGUCCCCACGAAGCUGUAAACUAUCCCAUUCUCUCCCUGUAUUCAUUUUCUCAGUUUGACAUGUUAUGAUGAUGGUGAUUGCUAUUGUUAUUGUAAGUUGUAGCAGUAGUAGUAUUUAUUUUAGUAUUGCAACACAUGCUCAUUAGCAAGCCAGUCGUGAAAUGGUACAGUUAUACACAUGUAGCAGAGAAACAUUGGAAUGUGUUAUUCUAUGCUCACCUUUGGGUGCCCUCUUGUUUAGAUAUCGAUGAGUGUGUGAAUGAGAACAUCUGUGGGGACCAUGGCUUCUGUGAGAACACAGACGGCUCCUACCGUUGUCAGUGUGACCGGGGUUACACCAACCCCCCUGGUGAAUCUGGUGCCCAUAGCUGUGUGGGUAAGUAACUGUUAAAUGAUACACUCCACUGGUUAGCAUGGUCAGUUACUGUAUACAGUACCAAUGUGCAGUACAUACUGUAUUGUACAUGGUGGAAUGUGUGUUUGAGUAUGUGUGUGUGUUUGUUUGUACGCACACUUGUGUGUGUGCAUGUGUACAUGCUUUGCAUCUGUGUGUGAACCUUGGUGUGCCUUUUACCCCCCUCUCCUUUUCCGUGCAGAUGUGAACGAGUGUGAGAUGAGCGCGGCGCUGUGUGGAGAGGCCCUGUGUGAGAACGUGGAUGGCAGCUUCCUGUGCAUCUGCCCCAGCGACAAUUAUGAAUUUGAUCCCAUCACCAGCCAAUGUCGCCCGCAGGGUAACACACCACACACAGGGGCUUAUGGGACUUAUGGGUUCGUCCUGUCGCUGAGGGAUUGAAUUUUCACUGUCUUCACAUCUGGGGAAUUAUUAGGGCAAGAGUGGUUCCAUGUUCCCUACAGUACCUGUUUCUAUUUCACAACCUCUCUGCUGAGUUUGACUCCAUGCUUAUUGGAUGGGGGGAGAGUUAUGUUGUACCCCUAAUAGGUUAAAUGCAUUACAGUUCAAAUCCGCGAAGAACAAAUUGCAGAAACUAUUCCAGCUACCUUUACAGAAUUGAUUUGCUGUGCUCAGAGCACAACUCACUCCAAAUUCUCUCUCAUGGCCAAAUCUCCCCCAGUCAAAUUCCCCCCAAAGACAAACAAGGAUAAUAUAUAGCUAUUGGCAAAACUGCCAUGGAAAGAUCUCUCUUAGAAACACUAAGUGUUCACUGUAAACAGAUUACUGAAAGAAAGGUCAAGCUUACCUUGAGUCUGUGGCAUUGGCUUGUCUUUAGCUUGUUAUAGGCAUGUAUACACAAACGGGACAUAUUUACAUUAAUAAGCAGCAUGCUCUCGAUGGGGAUGUUUUUGUUCUCGUUCAGUAUUAAAGUAUGCCUUGUGUACUUUGACCACAUUCUACUUUUUGCUUUUGACGUGUGCUAAACAAUCAUGUCAGAAUGAAUGGUGUGUUGACUCACAUGCCAGUGUUUCCAUUUGGCUAAGCCCGCUGCUUAACUGUGAAUGCCUGAGACCAUGUCUGUGGAUAAAUGAGCAGCUGAAGGUACUCCGGCCUACUGUCUGCCUGCCCUACUAUAGGAUUUGGAGCUCUUGACCAGCGGAAAUAGUGGCACUCAUUAUGCUGUUAGACAUAGGGCCUAUAGACUGACUGAUUCUCACUGAUACCAAUAUUAUUUAUAGUGGUAAUGGCUACAGUCUUUAUUGUAGUAAAUCAACUAGGGUCACAAUUUAUUCUGCAAAUCCCCUCCAAUUAUUCCCCUCUUAUCUAUUUCUCCUCAUGAGUGGUGUGAUUGUCCUACAGGUGCUACAGAUGAAGAUGCUCCUCCUCCUCCUCCUCCUAAGCCAGCCUCACCCACGGAGGAGCAGAGGAAGGAGUGUUACUACAACCUGAACGAUGCUAACUUCUGUGACAAUGUGCUGUCUCGUAACACCACCAAGCAGGAGUGCUGCUGCACGGUGGGGGCCGGCUGGGGGGACGACUGUGAGAUCCACCCCUGCCCUGUCCCUGGGAGAGGUAGGCUUACUACAGUAUGAUUUGAUCCCGAGUGAGAUUCCCAAGAGACAGAUUCACAUACUGUAUGCUUACUCCUUCUCGCUACACUAUGUAUGAUACAGUAUUACAGUAAGGAGAAAGUAUGUUUGUCCAUUCAUUCUUGUUUGUUUCUUCAGAGGAGUAUAACCAGUUGUGUCCACAUGGUAGUGGUCUUCUGCCCCAAGCUGUUUCCUCCCACAGCCUGGAACAGCAGAGUUUCAAAGGUACUUUACUCCCAUUUUGCCGCCUCAAGCAACUGGCUUCUGUUUACAGUCGGUAUACCUGAGGUUUCACAGUUUUUCCUUCUCCCAUAACUUUGUACCAACACAAAGAAAAUGGCAGUUUCAGCUCCCCUUUUAUUUCCACCCACAGCAGCUGUUAAAAAAAGUCCUGCGUAAUUUCCCACCUCAUUUAUGGUUCUCUUUAAAGCUAGCCCUUUACACCGUGACGGGAUACCUGCAUACCAAGCUAAUUAAGCACAAGUGUUGCACCCACAGUAUGUUCUAAUAGAGCAGGCUGUCUCAAGCAAGGUGCCAUGCUCAUUUUACAGUAGGGGUCAGGAUUUCAGUGGUCUAGCUAGUUACAGCACAUGCAUACCUUUUCGUGAGAUUCUAUAGACACUGAUCUUAGGCCUACACAAAGGCAGAUUCUAGAGGUGAAAUAGGAAAGAAAAGGUGAUUUUGUGUAUAGUAGUAUCUGAAUUUAUUUUAACAGGUGUCGAUUCUUCAACCCUCUCUCUCUCUUGUUCUCUCUCUCUGUUUGUCUGGGUCUCUCCUCUCUCUCUUACCAGAUGUGGAUGAGUGUAAGAUGUUUGGGCCAGAUAUCUGUAAGAAUGGCCGUUGCUCUAACAUCUUCUCCUCGUACUCCUGCUUCUGCCGUACAGGCUUCUACUACGACAACAUCCGUCUGGAGUGUGUGGGUAAGGGCCACUCGCUGUCUCUCUCCUUUUCUCUGUUCCACCAAACCUGCUCCAAAUCUCAACUAUUAGACCCAGUAUUUGAUGUGUGUGUGUGUGUGUUCCAGAUUAUGAUGAGUGCCUGAUAGAGAAGACGUGUGUGGGUGGGGUGUGUGUGAAUACCCCUGGUUCUUUCAACUGCUUCUGUACUCCCCCUCUGGUCCUGGACACCAGCCGCUGCAUCAGCGUCAACACCACCGAGGGUGAGACUCAGACACACACACACACACAUUCUCACACACACACACACAUUCUCACACAGCAGCAGCACACUUCUACAGAAACUGAUAAGCUACAUCCUCCUCAGAGUUUAUCCAGAUGAAACAGUUACCAACCAGAUUAUUGAUUCAUCUGUUCAACAUUGACAACAUAGAAUUUGUAAAACCUCAUCCAACUCCAUCCUUUCCUCUUUUGUAAAUCACUCUCUUCCUUUCUCCCAUCCUCCUUCCUUCCAUUUCUCCUCUCUCCUCCACCACAGAGGCUUAUGAGCCUGAUGAGGACAUCUGCUGGCAGGCCAUGGCAGAAUUGUAUGUGUGUAGCCAGCCCCUCGUCGGAAGGAGGACCACCUACACAGAGUGCUGCUGUCUCUAUGGAGUGGCCUGGGGUGGACUCUGUUACUUCUGCCCCAGUAGGGACUCUGGUAAGUAACAUAUUGCAUAUGUAGUUGUCAUUCAUACAGUUAUUAUGUAGCUGAAAUCAUUUGUGUGACCUGUGAUGGCUUGUGACAGUCUAAAUGCAACACUGACCUGUGUGUUUGUGUGUGUGUUGGAUCAGAUGACUACGCAUUACUUUGUAACCUGCCUAGGAGUGGGGGCUCUGACAGUCUACGAGAGAGGCCAGGCUAUGAGUACGGCCCUGGGGUCGAGGGUCCCUAUGUCCCCCCCUACUGGGACAACUAUGGAGGAGGGCCCAUCACUGGGCCUGGGGGCACCUACUACAAUCCAGAGGAAACCCAGGGCAUCCCCCUGUUUACAGACAAUACCAACGACUACAGCUCACGAGUGAGAGACAGAGAGCCGCCGCUACGCGUCCCCAUCCACCGGCCAAGAGAGUUCCAGCCUCACCCUGUAGACUCUAACAAUGGUAAUAAUCUCAUUAGAAAUCAUAAGAAAAUACACAUUUAUUAAUAUUAUUGCUAAUGCAUGGUGAAAUGCUACCUCUGUAGGGACUCCUAAUUAUUUCAUAUUUUGUUUGCAAUCAGACCGCUAUGAUGGCUUUGAAGGCCUGCGAGCAGAGGAGUGUGGUAUCCUGAACGGCUGUGAGAAUGGCCAGUGUGUGCGUGUGAGGGAAGGUUACACCUGUGACUGCUUUGAUGGAUACGAGCUUGACCUCACCAAAAUGGCCUGCAUCGGUAGGUUCCUCUCCCAGUGUCUCAUAAUGAAUCACCCACAUUCAGACUCAGAUUCUCCUCUGUUUGUGUUC